CCACCCAGUGCUAAAUGAGUGUUUGUGCGGGGCGGGGGUGCGAUCAAGGCGCGUCCACAUCCUGACAGAAGAUCCAAUAUCGUCAGAGUGGAGAAGGGAAAAGAGGGAGAGAGGACUCCUGCUGUCUCAUCUCGGCUCAGUGUUGCAGACUCGCAGGUUUUCAUGACGCUCCUUCAGUGUCUCUACAGCGCGCUGCUCGGCAUGUGUGACUACUGGAUCCGCCUUUUGUCAUCAUGCAUCACCACCUACAAGAAGACACCUCCCCCCGUACCACCACGCACCACCCCGUCGAAGCCCUUCAUAUCAAUCACGGCCCAGAGCAGCACCGAGUCCGCCCAGGAUGCCUACAUGGAUGGGGGUUCUGGCCCGCGGACGGGCAUCAGCUCCCAGCCGGGCCUGUCCAACUCCACAGAGAGCAUCGACAGCAUGAAAGCCCUGACAGCAGCCAUAGAGGCAGCUAAUGCUCAGGUGCAUGGCCCUGCCAGCCAGCACGUCACCAACAGUACCAUCACCAUCACUGCCACCGCCACCACCUCUGCCGUCGCGCACGUCUCAGCAGACAGUAAGGCACAGAGGGAAGCGCUCCGCAAGUGCCUCUCUAUAGGGAUCCAGGUGGACCCAGAGGAAGGAGGGCCCACAGAGGAGCAGUCUAAAUUCCAGUCGAUAGGAAUUCAAGUGGAGGAUGAACGAUGUUACCGCAGGAUGACGCGCUCCAAUAGUGUAACCACGGCUGUGCAGGCUGACCUCGACUGUCCCACAGACCCCCCAGAGCUGCCGCCACGUCACUUUGCCACCAUGCCGCGCCAACACUCCCGCGAUGCUGCUACUUCUACUGUCAGCAUCCAGGGCUCGGGGAAUCACUACCACGCCUGUGCUGGUGACGACUACGGGGAGGUGGGGUUCGACCCUUCGAUCCUGCCCCCUCCAGACCCAUGGAUGGACAGCGUGGCUGAGCCAGAGGUGGAGGCUGUCGGACGGUCCGUGUGCCCCCGUGACGGCCGCUGGUUCCUCAAGUUGCUGCAGGCCGAGACGGAGCGUAUGGAGGGCUGGUGUCAACAGAUGGAGCAGGAUGAGAUGGAGAAUGAGCUGCCCGAUGAGAUCCUGGGGAAGAUCCGCAGUGCAGUGGGGAGUGCCCAGCUGCUGAUGUCCCAGAAGUUCCAGCAGUUCCGGGAGCUGUGUGAGGAGAAUCUGAACCCAAAUGCACACCCACGGCCCAUCUCCCAGGACCUGGCAGGUUUCUGGGACAUGCUCCAGCUGUCUAUCGAGAAUAUUAGCCUGAAGUUUGACGAACUCCACCAACUCAAAGCCAACAACUGGAAACCUCUGACCCCACCAGAAAUUCAGGAGAGAAGGAUGCCCCCUCCCGUGCCAAAGAAGCCCCUGAAGGGCCACCCUCCCCUGGCAAGGGACCGCUCGCUGGAGAGCUCUGAGCGCCAGCGUCUGGAGGCUCGCAAACGCCUGCUAGCUGCCAAACGUGCCGCGUCGGUUCGGCAGAGCUCUGCUACUGAGAGCGCAGACAGUAUCGAGAUCUAUAUCCCCGAGGCUCAGACCAGACUAUGAGACACACAAACACAUGUACCUACACACAUGCCCAAAACACAGUCCCAUCCACACAAUAGCACUGAAUGGUAAGGCUAGGGUGCUAACAAAACAUAAUCACAUUUUUAACAGACUUCACAGAUCCCUGUAGGGUCAGUCACGAUGGAAGUUGUUUGAACAAGAAAUGUAUAUUUACAGUAUUUAUUUAUUUAUUUCCCCUCGUUUCUCCCAGCUUUGAUGUAGCAGUCCCUCCUCUUCCUGUACCUCCACCCGCCCCUCACUCUGAAAGACGUAUCUUAUAAAUCCCUUUUUUUUAAGUGGCCUAAUAUUUCAAUGUAAGCCAGGUGUAGCACAGCAGUGAUGCUUCACUUUAAUGUGUUUCAGGUGCUGAGAAUCAGAGGAAAACAGGGCAGGCAGCAUGCAUGUCCAUGUGGAGUGUGUGCAUGUACUGUAUAUACAUGCAAACACAUGCAGCGAGUGAUAUAUUUGAUCUGAUCAGCUCAGAUCAAAUGUAUCAAAUCAAAUGGAGACCAGACCAGACCUAUUGACUCGUAUAUGAUCUUAUUUUUAUACUUAAAAAUCCCAUGAUCUGAUUAUGAAAAAAACCUAAGCGUGGACGUCUUUGAUUUGAAUAAUGAGGUCAAACAUUAGAAAUAAUGGUGAAAAAACCAGACAAGGAAACUAUACAUUGAGUUAGUGACACAAUUGCCCUCUGUGUGGGUCUUUCCAGCAGAAGGAGGCCGACCCUGUAGGAAAGGUCAAGAGGUCCUCCAGGUGAGGCAAAGUUGAUUUUGAGCCAGGAGCAAUUUUUGGGCUUCUGCAAAGAGUUAAAUUCACUGAAAGAAUCACUGUUCAAAACAUGCCACAAACCUAAUCUAUGUGUGUGUGUGUGUGUGUGUGAGAGAGAGAGUAAUAGAAAGAGCGUAUGUGUGUGUUAUGAUUGAGAUGUUCAUUUCAGAAGUGCUUCCUAUUUUUCUAGGUCUAAAAAGUCCUAGUUGUAAUUGAAAAUUAAGGUAGCAGUAUCAACAAACUGUAAACAAACCACCCAUCUUGUCUCAUUUUAAAACUGAGCAAACCAUGUUUGUAUAAAGAUCAUACAGUAUACUGACAUGACAUGCAUGCUGACACAAGGUAACUAAUAUUUUUGUCUUUUCUAACCAGGUUCAAUCCUUUCUCGUGUUGCGUUCAAACUCUUCAGUGUUACAGACAGCGCUAUAAUACUGAUAUUUGGUACAAUACUGGUAGUUGUACUAUAUUUUAUUAUGUCAUUUUUAGACAAGAGAGGUUUAUUGACAGUAUUGAGACUAAAGGACUGAAAAGGGACUAUUUUCUCCUCACUGUGUGUGCACUAUCUCUGCCUCCAAAUGAAGCAAUUAUUUGAGGUCAUACAAAAAAAUCCAAUUUGUAGUAUUUUAUAUUCAUGUUUAAUUUAUUGAUUAGAAGAACAAUGACUGUUUAUUGACAUUGUGAUUAUUAUUAUGCACUGACAACAAGGCCCUUAUACUGUGUUUAUGUUUUAUUUAUGUUGGUUCUUUUGCAUGGCAGGCACCUUUUUUUGUCUUUUUCUGUUUCAGUGAUCAGCCUUAAUUUCUAAUAUGAUAGUUGAGCACAACAGCAGUCUCAGGGGAAGAAGUGUGUGUGUGUGUGUGUGUGUGUGUGAGAGAGAGAGAGUGACUGACUUAAUGUGACUGUAUGUGACCCAUGGCUUUGUCUCUUACUGUAUAUAACCCCAGCCACAAGGAUAGGCCAUGAUGUUAAACAAGGGAAUAGUAUCCAUGCCAUCUUUUGAGUGAUGUUCCUCUCGAACAUCUCAGCCCUAAUACCUAAUUACUUCAGUAUAACAAGAUAUUUCUGUCAGCUGCUUGAAUGUGGAGACAAUCCUGAGCUGGUUUAGCCAUCACAUAAUUGUUUUGAUAACAGAAUAGUAGGACAUUGGUGUCCAAUUCUCUGUAUUGAUCUGACAAGUUUUGUGCCAUUAAAUAACUAUUAAGUAAGGAUAUAUUCCUACUAUUUGUCCCUGUUGAACAGCUACCUGAAGCUUUCAUUGAGAGACGUUUGUGAAGGAACUCAAGUGAUGAAGUAACCGUACAGUAUGAGUUGUAUUUCCUUUAGUUGGUUGAUAGGAAGUUUAGAGAGGGUGCAUAAAAGUAACAAUAGUGCAAACUUAAUGCCAUUUUAUGUAGAUGAAGCUCAUUUUAGUAUUUUUUACUUUGGAAACUUGUAUUUUAAUUGAAUUGUCUGUCAAAUGAUUGACUUCUUAUUUAUGUUUAUUAUAUUAACAUAUCAAUAUAAUACUCCUGAUAUAGCAGGGAGUUAGAAACCAGAAUGUUGGAUUGUGGUUAAUUGCUAAACUCAAAAGACACUCCAGCAAUCCUGGCAAUUCUGAAGCUUGUGAUGUAGUUAUAUUAAGAGAAAAACAUUCAAAUAAACAUUUGUACAUAAAUGAAUGUUUCCCUAUGUAAAUGUAAACUAAAAAACCCCAAUCAAAUAACAUAUUAAGCAAAUAUACAUUUUGUAAUUAAUGUUAUUACACUGUUGAUGUUAUGGCACGUGUAUGAGCUCUUAUCAGCAUUAAAAAAAUAUCAUUGCCAUCA